AACAGGUGUCAUCAUCCUCUAAAUGACACUGUUACAAACACCGAAGGACAUAGAGAAAGAGAAAGAGAAAAUCCAAACACAACACAGCUCGCAGCUGCUUCUUAUCAGAUCUGCUGCUUCUUUCUUGACUCGCUCUCCCGCUCAGCAUUCUUCUAUUCAGCUGACUCGAUUGUCUCUCAUUCUUUCUCUCCAACAUUCCGAUUUUUUCUGUGUGUCUAUAGAGCAUUUUCAGAUAAAGCAUAAAGAUUAGUUCCUCUCUUUAAGCUGCAUUGGAUAGAGAGAUCACGCAAAUGUUGAUAUCCCGGCGAGUUUAGCCGGAGUUCCGGUGACUUUACUGGAUUUUCCGGCGUAUUAGUCGGUGGAGCUCCGGCUGUCUUAGAGAAAGAUGUUCAGGUCUGCUAGAUGGAGAAGUGAAAAGAACAAGAUCAAGACUGUGUUCAAAUUGCAGUUUCAUGCAACUCAGGUAUCGCAGCUGAAUGCAGAUACAUUGGUGAUAUCGGUGAUCCCUGGAGAUAUUGGGAAGCCAACAGCAAGACUAGAUAAGGGUAUAAUUCGAGACGGAAGUUGUCGUUGGGAAAAUCCUAUUUAUGAAACUGUGAAAUUCACUCAAGAUAUAAAGACUGGGAAGUUCAAUGAGAGAAUUUACCAUUUCAUUGUCUCAACUGGAUCGUCCAAGAAUAGUUUAGUUGGGGAAGUUUCGGUUGAUUUUGCUACUUAUGCUGAGGCUACAAAAGUUUCCACUGUUUCUCUUCCCUUGAAGAAUUCCAAAUCUAAUGGGGUUUUGCAUGUUUCAAUUCAGCGGCUGCAGGGGAACAUCUAUCAGAGGGAUGCGGAGGAAACUGAACAUACAAACAUCAAAAUCCAGAAUAGAACUCUGAACACCCUCUUAAGCAAUGGCAAUACAAAAGGCAUUAAGAGUAGUUCUAAUGAAGCUAGACAGCCUAGUGAUGCCUCCCACAAUUCUGAACUAAAUGGUGACUGCAGAACAUCUAGUGGAUCUGAUAUUACAAUGUCAAGUUCCGAGAGCAGCUCUGGGCUCAAUACUCCUCGUGAACUUGGAUUGAGAAAUAAUAGCAUCCUACAGGAUCCAACCAGCUUCAUAUCAUCCCGGGGCCACACCACAGCUUCUCAUAAGCCAACUACAAAUGCUCCUGCAACAGUCUAUGAAGAGCAUCAACAAUGGGAGUGGUCAGCAGAUUCUGAUCAAGGGGUAAGUACUGAUGACUCAAAAGACAGUUCUCAUGACACCCUUACAAGAGAAAGGUCACAAGGCACUUCUAGUAUCGAGAUCGAAAAGCUCAAGGCUGAAAUUGUUGCUUUGGCUAGACAAGUAGAUUUGUCAGAGCUGGAAUUACAGACUCUGCGAAAGCAAAUUGUAAAGGAGUGCAAAAGGGGGCAGGAUCUCACAAGAGAAGUCACAGGCUUGAAAGAAGAGAGAGAUGCACUCAAGGCAGAAUGUGAGAAGCUUAAAACAUUUCAGAAACGCAUAGAGGAUGCAAAAAGCAAAAACAAGUUACAGUUUGAGGGUGGGGAUCCACGAGUUCUUCUUGAUGAAAUCAAACAAGAAUUAAAUUAUGAGAAGGACCUCAAUGCCAAUCUUCGAUUGCAACUGCAGAAGACCCAGGAAUCAAAUGCUGAGCUGAUCCUUGCUGUAACAGAUCUAGAAGAGAUGCUGGAGCAGAAAAAUUGGGAAAUAUCCAAUCCUUCCAACAAAUCAAAAUCCUCUGAGAAUGCCAUGUUAAGAAGUUUGAGUGACGAUGAUGAGGAGCAGAAGGCGUUGGAAGACCUAGUUAAGGAGCACAAAGAUGCUAAAGAAGCAUACUUGCUGGAGCAAAAGAUCAUGGACCUCAGCAGUGAGAUAGAGAUCUGCAGGAGAGAUAAAGAUGAGCUAGAGAUGCAAAUGGAGCAGCUUGCACUUGACUAUGAGAUACUGAAGCAGGAGAACCAUGACAUGUCAUAUAAAUUAGAGCAGAGUGAGCUGCAAGAACAACUGAAGAUGCAAUAUGAAUGUUCCUCUUCUUUUGUCAACAUAAAUGAACUCGAAGCCCAGAUUGAAAGCUUGGAAGAUGAACUCAAAAAGCAAUCUAAAGAACACUCUGAUUCUUUGGAGAUCAUAAAUAAGCUUGAAGCUGAGAUUCAGAGCUUGAAAAAUGAACUCAAGAAGCAAUCCAGAGAACACUCUGAUUCUUUGGUGACCCUAAAUAAAUUUGAAGCCCAUAUCAAGAGCUUGGAGGAUGAACUGGAGAAGCAAUCCCAAGGAUUUGAAGCUGAUCUAGAAGCCAUAACUCAUGCAAAAGUUGAGCAGGAGCAAAGAGCCAUCAGAGCGGAGGAAGCCUUAAGAAAGACAAGAUGGAAGAAUGCCAAUACAGCUGAAAAGAUUCAGGAGGAAUUUAAAAGGCUGUCCGUGCAAGUGGCUUCCACAUUUGAUGCAAAUGAGAAGGUGGCUAUGAAAGCACUGGCAGAAGCUAAUCAACUGCAUCUGCAGAAAAGUCAACUUGAAGAAAUGCUUCAGAAAGCAAAUGAAGAGCUCCAAUCGAUUAGGGAUGAUUAUGAGGCAAAAAUGAAUGGCCUCUCUACCCAGUUAAAUUUCAGAGUGGGUCAGAUAGAACAGAUGUUGGUGGAAACUGAUGACAAGUCCAAGCAGUUGGAACAUCAAAAGAAGAAUGAGGAAGAACUCAUUGGAUCUUUCUCUCAGGAAACCCAGAGGCUAAAAGGUGAGAUUGAAAAGCUCAAGAUAGAAAAUAAUAUCCUUUCUGAACAAGCAGAACAGAAAGAGAAUUUCAAAGUUGAAUUGGAACAGUUGAAGUUGUCAAUUAAGCACACUGAAGAGCUCAUACAAAAAGGUAAUAGAGAAAGAAAUAACUUGGCGAGUACACUUGCUUUGGCAAAGAAGGAAGCAGAGAAGUUGCUGGAGGAGUUGAAUAGAAUGAUAUUGCUCAAGGAUGAGAAGGAGAAAGCAAUAAGUCUCUUACAGACAGAAGUGAAAACGCUGAAAGCUCAAUAUGAUGACCUGAAACACUCUCUUUCAGAGGAUGAGUUGGAGAAAGAAAAACUUAGGAAGCAGGUAUUCCAGUUAAAGGGUGAUCUUAAGAAAAAGGAAGACAUAAUCACCAGUAUUGAGAAGAAGCUCAAGGAAAGCAACAAACGUGCAGCAGUUGCUGAUUGCACAAAAACUAAUCUCAGGAACAACAAGUCUGCUCCAGUUCCUCAAGGCUCUAAAGAGGCUGCAAAUCUGAGGGAGAAAAUAAAAUUGCUUGAGGGACAGAUAAAAUUAAAGGAAACUGCUUUAGAAACCUCGGCAAACUCAUUUUUGGAGAAGGAAAGGGAUCUUCUAAACAAAAUUGAAGAGUUGGAGGACAGAUUAGAAGAACUCAAUCAGAACAAUGUAAUUUUCUGUGACAACUCAUGCCAAAAGGUACCUGAGGACACCAUUGGCAUUACUUCUAAUGGUGGUUUAGCUGAAGAUAUUGCGAAAAUGGAUGAAAAUCUAAGUAGCUCGGGGUGGAUGUCCAGGGAAAAUGGAACUGCAAAAUCUGUAGCCAAGAGUUAUGCCUUUAUAUUAGAGAAAGAAAUGAACGUCUGUGUCACCCAUAACGGCGGUUCCAAUAACCAGGAGUUAUUGUGUGAAUUAGAGUCAUUAAAGGAGAGAAACAAAUCCAUGGAAAAUGAAUUGAAGGAGAUGCAAGAGAGAUAUUCAGAAAUAAGUCUCAAGUUUGCAGAGGUAGAAGGUGAAAGACAGCAGCUUGUUAUGACAGUACGAAACCUAAAGAAUGCCAAGAAGGGUUAAUCAUUUUUUUCCUGAUAUACUGAAACAUAUAUACUGUGUAUAGUAUAGAUUAAGUGGCUGAGCCAGCCAACACGGAAAAUUCUACAUGCGACAGUUCCAUCAGAGUGAAUAAUUAAUUUGUACAAAGUUAAUACAAAAUUACUAGCAGUCUGACUGUAGGUAAGGUUUCAUCAAUUCAUGUUAUUGUUGUAAUUCUUUUAAAGCUUGUGAUAUAUGUGAUGAUUUUCCAUUAAUA